ACACCCUAACAAGUAGGCUUCAUGAGUCCAGAAGCUGAUUGCAGUUCAAUUUGCAAGCGGCCAGGCUCUAGUUUAUAUAGGAUCUGAGGCUCCACCCAUGUACAGGCACCCCGCCCCCGCGUUGCGUCACGGGCGCGCAAUGGCGUCAUUGGAACGACACGAGCAUGCGCACUUCCCCAGCAAAGCAGGGAAGACACGCGUGACCCGGAAGGCCUUCCCGCCACACUCCAGAACGGGCGUGAGGGGCGCCGAUGGCGGAGGGAACGGCGGAGGCCCCUCUAGAGAACGGUGGUGGCGGCGACUCAGGAGCCGGAGCGUUGGAACGGGGAGUGGCGCCCAUUAAGCCUCAAUACCUCACCACCAAGGAGCAGUUUCACCAAUUCCUGGAAGCCAAAGGGCAGGAGAAGCCUUGCCGGGAAACGGAGGUAGGAGACUCAGCUGGCAAUGACCUGGCUGAGCCUGAGGCUAAGCGGAUCCGACUGGAGGAUGGACAGACGGAGGACGGGCAGACGGAGGAGGCAGCAGAGCCCAGGGAGCAGCCGCAGACUCAGAAGAGGGCCCGGGGACAAAACAAGGGCCGGCCUCAUGUGAAGCCCACACACUACGACAAGAACAGGCUGUGCCCCUCCCUGAUCCAGGAGUCGGCUGCUAAGUGUUUCUUCGGAGAUCGCUGCCGCUUCCUGCACGACGUGCGGCGCUACCUGGAGACCAAGCCGGCAGACCUGGGCCCCCACUGUGUGCUCUUCCAGACCUUCGGCCGGUGCCCCUACGGCGUGACCUGCCGCUUCGCAGGGGCCCAUCUGGGGCCCGAGGGACAGAACCUGGUGCGGGAGGAGUUGGCGGCCCGCGGGGCCCAGCCCCCGCCCGUCCGCAACGGCCUGGACAAAGGCCUGCAGCAGCAGCUGCGGAAGCGCGAGGUCCGCUUCGAGCGAGCUGAGCAGGCCCUGCGCCGGUUCAGCCAGGGCCAGCCGCCGGGCCCCACACCUGCUGCUGCUGUACCCGAGGGCACGGCAGCCGAGGGUGCUCCCAGGCAGGACAACUGUGGCGCUCAGCAGGUCCCCACAGGGCUGGGCACUAGCACCCCUCCUAGCAGCCCCGUGCGGACCUGCGGGCCCCUGACGGAUGAAGACGUGGUCAGGCUGCGGCCCUGUGAGAAGAAGCGGCUGGACAUCGGUGGCAAACUUUACCUGGCCCCCCUCACCACGUGUGGGAACCUGCCCUUCCGACGGAUCUGCAAGCGCUUCGGGGCGGACGUGACAUGCGGAGAGAUGGCCGUCUGCACCAACCUGCUGCAGGGCCAGAUGUCCGAGUGGGCCCUGCUCAAACGCCACCAGUGCGAGGACAUCUUUGGCGUCCAGUUGGAGGGCGCCUUCCCUGACACCAUGACCAAGUGCGCCGAGCUGCUGAGCCGCACCGUGGAGGUGGACUUUGUGGACAUCAACGUCGGCUGCCCCAUCGACCUCGUGUACAAGAAGGGCGGGGGCUGUGCCCUCAUGAAUCGCUCGACCAAGUUCCAGCAGAUCGUUCGUGGCAUGAAUCAAGUUCUGUCUCCGCCUCUGUCUCUGUCCUCUCAGCCUGGCUCUCUCUCGGGUCUCUUUCUCUGCGCCUCACUCUCUCUGCCUCCCACCCUGCGUGGCGUGCUUCUCCUCUGUGCUCCAGGCCGCUUCUCGGAGCAGCGCUACACCCAAGUCAGCCACCAGUACAUCGAGGAGUGCGUGAAGGCCGCCAGCCCACCCACAUGCCUGUUCGGUGGUGGGGACAUCUUGUUAUUUGAGGAUGCCAACUGGCCAUGCAGACUUGGCCGCCACGGGGAUCUCAUGAUUGCCCGUGAGCUCAGGAUACAGAGAUGCAGCUCCAUCUUCAUGUUUCAGGCAGCAACUGGCAUGGAGCAGUUGCACUGGGACAUCUCUGGCUGCCCGACUGACAUCUCCAUGGACUUUACCAACUACGGUGUGGCCUGGAGACACUGGGGCCUGACACGAGGUGGAGAACUCAACGCCUGCCUCGGCAUGAAGUUCCUUCCAGCUGGGAAGCUGGAACGGCCCACAGAGAUCAACGAGCGCGCCUACUACCUGGGCUGUGACUACCUGAGAUUUUGA